AAUCACUUGUCCACACUGCUGUUGACGACGCACUUCUUCAAAUCAGGCGCCACACUGGCGGCUUGGUUUGGGGGUCAAGCUACCACGGUGGUCAAUUCACAUUCAACGCGCAGUAGCACCACCGACACUAUCCGCAACGGCUUGAGAACGAAAUCUCUCGAGAAUGAAGGUGCUUCUCGUUGUAUUGGUUGUCGCGUCAGCAGUGGCACUCGUUGUUUCAUCCGAUCCACUUGACAUAUGUCGCAAACCGGCAGCAGAAAUUUCUUCCCUCAUGAACUGCAUUCGGCUGAAAACGACUGUUUCUUUUCGAAGCCUGCUGCACAAGUUCAUUCUCAGGACACGUUGCCAGAACGACUUAUGCCUCGUCCGAAAUUGGUGCCUCAAGAACGACGGUGACUUCAAAGGACAAGCCUUUAAGAGCAUGCCGUACAAGUACUUCCUGGAGUUCUUCAACGCUGCCAAGAAGUGCCAGAGUCGAAGGCGGGUGACCGAGCUGUCCGUGGGCCCCGAGCUGUGGCGGCAUUUUGUCAAGAUGAUCAGCGCAUUUGUCGUCUGAAUGGCGCCGGGAUUCCUGUCAACGAGAGCGCUAUAAAAAUGGAUGAGGUUGUCCUGACUUUAAUUUUACUCUUAUGUACCAGUAAGUACAGGCUGAAGAUUACAUUGAACGGGACCUAGCGUUAGUACAAAAGUUCCGAUGCUCAACGAGCUCUUCGGAUAACCGCGUAAUGCAGAAAAAUAAUAAAAUUGAUUAUCUGACACCUUAUUACAUUGCAUAUAAGGCCAGUGAAUGGCGUAAAAUAACACUGGUUAAGAUAGGAUCGCAUUGUACGUAUGAUAAAGGCGGCACUUCAAUUUAGAAUAGUCUAUACAUAGAAUAUAGAACCUACGCGAGCUUUUAUGUAUAUCUUCAGCUGCAUUUUCAUAUCCUCGUGAAUUCCGUUUUGCAUGCGCCCACUGUACGAUGUUGGCGUUAAUAUAUUCCUGGAUUCUUGCAGGUAUACUUACUUAAACCAAGCAGAAAAAUAUUUCGAUUCUUUGAUCAUUGAAAUAAACUCUUCAUUUUGAAGU